UGGGAACUCGGGGAUGGGAAGGGGUGCAGGCAGUAUGCAGGGCAUUGUUGUGUAUUGGAGUGGGGGCAGUACUAGGGUAGCUGGGGGUGGUGUUAGCAGGGGUGCCUUGGUCAUGGGGUCCUCUCCCUGCCCCCCUGCUCAUACCACCCCCUCUCCCUACAGGCUGGGGGUUGCGCCAUGCUGGGUGUGGAGGAUGCUUGUGCUGACUGGAGGAGGAGCUGCUCUACUCACCAGUACCUGAGUGGACUCUGGUGGUCCAGGAGCACCCCCAGGUGCCCAGGUGGGCACUAGGUGUAUGGAGCACCCGACCCACCUCUAUUAGGGAGCAGAGCCCUGUAAUAACUCCCUGUACCAUGAUCCUGUCAGCAGUGACAGCCGGUGGAUUACAUCUUUUGGCCCCUACUGUGGUUUGGGACCAUGGCUCCUACUUCUACCUUGAUGCCCAUGAUGACUCCAAGUCCAGCUGGAUAAGCUGGCCUGUGAUGCUGCAGCCUCCCUGUGGCAUCGACAAUGCCCCAGAGCCCCGUGUCCAGCGAGGAGGAGGAGAGGGUCUCGGACUAUCCUGAGGGGGAGUCGGACUCCGAGAGCUCCCGGGACGGCUCCCCUGGUGCUAACCCCGGCCACCCUGCCCACAGGACCCUGGGGCGCCCCCUGCCGGUGCCGGACGACGCCCACUUCAGUAUGAUGGUCUUUCGGAUUGGCAUUCCUGACCUGCACCAGACGAAAUGUUUGCGCUUCAACCCGGAUGCAGCCAUUUGGGUGGCAAAGCAGCAGAUCCUGUGCACCCUCAAUGAGAGCCUCAAGGAUGUGCUGAACUAUGGGCUCUUCCAGCCGGCCACCAAUGGGCGUGAUGCCAAGUUCCUGGACGAGGAGCGCCUACUGCGCGAGUACCCCCAAAGCUUUGAGAAGGGUGUACCCUACCUGGAGUUCCGGUACAAGACCCGGGUUUACAAACAGACCAACCUGGAUGAGAAGCAGCUGGCAAAACUGCACACCAAGACCGGCCUGAAGAAGUUCCUGGAGUACGUGCAGCACGGCUCAGUGGAGAAGGUGGCGCGACUGUUGGACAAGGGCCUGGAUCCCAACUACCACGACUCAGACAGUGGGGAGACCCCGCUGACCUUGGCCUCACAGCUGGAUGGCACGGUCGAGAUCAUCCGGCUUCUGUGCCGGGGAGCCCACAUCGACUUCCGGGCACGGGAUGGUGCUACUGCACUGCACAGAGCUGUGUGCACCCGGCGCUAUGCGGCCCUCAUGGCACUGCUGGACCGGGGCUCCCCCAAUUACAAGGACCGCCGUGGCCUGACCCCCCUGUACCACACGGCCAUGGUGGGGGGACCACGGUGCUGUGAGCUCCUUCUUUACAACCGGGCGCACAUCGGCACCGUGGACGAGAGGUGGCAGGAGAUUCAUCAGGCUUGCCAGCAUGGGCACUCCCAGCACCUGGAGCACCUCCUGUUCUAUGGGCUGAGCAGCUGCCAGAACGCAUCAGGGAACACUGCCCUGCAUAUCUGCGCCUGUACAACAAGGUGGAGCUGUGCCCGCAUCCUCCUGUACCGUGGGGCCAACAAGGAAAUCAAGAACAACAGUGGACAGACACCCUUUCAGGUGGCUGUAAUUGCUGGGAACUUUGAGCUGGGGGAGCUGAUCAAGAGCCAUCGAGAUUCAGAUGUGGUCCCGUUCCAGGAGACCCCGCAGUACGCCAGCCGGCGCCGGGAUGGGGGCCGCAGCCUGGCAGUGCCCCAUAUCCUGCUCCGGGCCAACAGUGACACCAGCAUGAACGUGCCCGACUGGAUGCUGUAUGGGCCUGGGGGCUCACCCGCCCCCCCCACUGUAGCGGUGCAGACCCCUAAGAUCACCGGGACCCUGCGCAGUGCCAGCUCCCCCCGCGGUGCCCGCACCCGCUCCCCCUCCCGUGGGCGGCACCCUGAGGAUGCCAAGAGACAGCAGCGGGGGCGCCCCAGCUCCAGCGGCUUUUCCAAGGACACGGGGCCAGGGGGGACGCUGAACAGCCGGGGGGUGAAGCGGAAACUGUACUCGGCUGUGCCCGGGCGCACCUUCAUGGCCGUGAAGCCCUACCAGGCGCAGGCUGAGGGCGAACUGUCUCUCAGCAAGGGCGAGAAGAUCAAGGUGCUGAGCGUGGGCGAAGGCGGGUUCUGGGAGGGGCAAGUGAAGGGCCGCAUCGGCUGGUUCCCCUCGGACUGCGUGGAGGAGGUGCCCAACAAGUCCCAGGAGGGCAAGUCAGAGAGCCGCAGCGACAAGGCGAAGCGUCUCUUCAGGCACUACACAGUGGGAUCCUAUGACAGCUUUGAUGCCCCCAGCGACUACAUCAUCAAGGAGAAGACAGUUUUGCUGCAGAAGAAGGAUAACGAGGGCUUUGGCUUCGUGCUGCGUGGUGCCAAGGCGCAGACCCCCAUUGAGGAGUUCACACCCACCCCGGCCUUCCCUGCCCUGCAGUACCUGGAGUCAGUGGAUGAGGGUGGCGUGGCCUGGCGUGCCGGGCUCCGCAUGGGGGAUUUCCUCAUUGAGGUCAAUGGGCAGAAUGUGGUGAAAGUCGGGCACCGCCAGGUGGUGAACAUGAUUCGCCAGGGGGGCAACAACCUGAUGGUGAAGGUUGUCAUGGUAACCAGGAACCCUGAGAUGGAGGAGGCCAUGAGGAAGAAAGCGGCCCCACAGCAGACGAAACGCCUGCCUCCCCCAGCCAUCUCGCUGCGGUCCAAAUCCAUGACCUCUGAGCUGGAGGAGAUGGUCUCCCCCUGGAAGAAGAGGAAUGAGUAUGAGCCAACCCUGGCCACUGAGAAGAAGAGGACAGUCUAUCAGAUGGCACUGAACAAACUGGAUGAGAUCCUGGCCGCAGCUCAGCAGACCAUCAGCGUGGGCGAGGGGUCUGGGUCUGGGGGGCUCCCCUCCCUUGGGAAGGCCCGGGGAGCUAAGGGCUACUUCACCCCUGAGCCAAACUUCGAGCCUCACCGAAUGGGCCCACCUGGCUAUGAUCGCCCAUCAUACCUGCCCCCUGGCACCCCCCAGGGCAUCGUGCUGCGCCAGAAAUCCAUUGGGGCAGCCGAGGACGAGAAGCCCUACUUAACGCCACCGGCCAUGAAGUUCAGCCGCAGCCUAUCGGUGCCGGGUUCAGAGGACAUCCCGCCCCCACCCACCACAUCCCCACCCGAGCCCCCGUACAGUACCCCACCCUCUGCCACGGGCCGCCUCACGCCUUCUGUGCGCUCCACCUUCAACCCCAGUGCCGAGGCCAAGCUGUACCCAGGCUCCCUGCACCCUGAGCCACCUACCUUUGACAGCCAGGCCCGGCGGGAUCGCCUCUCCCUCUUUCGCCAGGAAUCGGAGCAGGUGGGUGAGGGGCUGCGGGGCUGGCGUGGGCACCAUACACCCUCUGAGCUGCGCUACUACAACCUGCCGGCCCGAUCUGCCAGCACCGCCAUGUAUGUGCCAGCCAAGCCUCUACGCCGCAAGGGUCCCCUGGUCAAGCAAACGAAGGUGGAGGAUGAACACCGCCAGCAGGGCACUGCCUCCCAGAGCCAGCCACCAGGGCCGGUCCCACCACCAGGCCCCUUGGCCACCCCACCUGCCCCGGAGAAGAGCUCCAUCGCCAUCCCCACCAUUGUCAUCAAGGCACCCUCCACCAGCAGCAGUGGGCGCAGCAGCCAGGGCAGCAGCAUGGAGGCCGAGGGGCAGCCCGAGCCAGCACCUGUGCCCGCCUUGCCCCUGCACAACAGCAUGGACUUCACCAGCCAGUUUGGGGCAGCACUGGUGGGUGCAGCCCGGCGGGACCGUGAGUGGCACAGUGAAGCCCGGCGCCGCUCUGCCCUCUUUCUCUCCACUGAGACCCCCGAGGAUGAGGUGCCUGAGCCAGCACCUGCUCCUCGCCUCCGCCACUCCAAGAGCAUUGAUGAGGGCAUGUUUUCAGCUGAGCCCUACCUGCAGCUCAGCUAUGGCCAGCCCCUGCCGCCAGGCACCUACUACCAGCCCCGGGCCACCAAGGCUUAUGGCGGUAGCCCCAGCACCACUAGCGCCUUCACUACCGUCUGCUCCAGCUUCCUGCCUCAGCUGCAAGCCCGGCCAGGGGGGGGCCCCUCACAGCCCCUGGUCCAUCCCUUGACAGGAAAGAUCCUGGAUCCCAGCUCACCCUUGGGGCUAGCAUUGGUGGCACGGGAGCGGGCGCUGCAGGAGUCCCAGUCCCAGCAGCAGCAGCAACAGCAUCAGGGGCGGACAGAGGCUGAGGAGCGGAGGUCUCGCCCCGCCUCUCCACGGUUCAGUGAGGCGGUGCCUGAAUCUCCCCGAGACAGUGGUUCUGUGCUGCGCCUCUGGGGGACGCCAGUGGGUGAGCAGGGCAAGGUGGAACCCGAGAGCCCGCGGUGUGGCCCUGUGGCAGGUGAGGCCAAGGGUGGGGCAGCCACAUGGGCUGAGAAGCGGGUGGCAGAGGACGGUGGGGAGAAGCUAGAGCUUCACGUCCGCUUUGUAGAGAACUGCCAGCCGCCAGAAGAUGGUGAGGGGCCAGGCCAGAGCCCCCCAGGCCACGCUGAAGAGAACGGGCUGCCCCUACUUGUUCUGCCCCCGCCCGCCCCCUCCAUUGACGUGGACGACGAGUUCCUGUUUACUGAGCCGCUGCCACCACCCCUGGAGUUCUCCAACAGCUUUGAGAAGCCCGAUUCACCCAAGACGGGUGGUGAGGCCCCACUGCUGCCCACGGCCCCGGAGCCGUCGCCGGCCGUCGCCCCGGUGGCACCGCCACCACCGCCGCCAGCUACUACAACAGCGCUGGACUCCACCACGUCCAGCCUGACAUCCUAUGACAGUGAGGUAGCCACACUGACCCAGGGUGGGGCCCCUGAGGCUCGCGAGCCCCCUCACGUCAACUUCUCCUCGGUGGUGUCAUCCAUCCAGAUCCCAGCGCCUGAGGCCCCUGAAGCUGUGACCGAUUCAGGAAUUGAGGAGAUUGACAGCCGCAGCAGCAGCGACCAUCACCUGGAGACCAUCAGUUCCGUCUCCACUCUGUCCAGUAUGUCAGGCCUAUCCAGCGAGGGGGCUGAGUUGCUGGACACCUACAUCACCUACCUGGAUGGGCAGGCCUUUGGGGGUGCUGCUGAGAAGGGCCCCCUGCCUGGCAAGUUGCGGUCCCGCCCCUUCCCUGCCCGCCGUGACCCCACUACGCCCACCAGCUCCACCAUCUCAGUGGCGGCCUGCGCCGAGAAUGUCUUUGCCCUCACGCCAGCACCCGUCAAGGAGGUGCCUGCUCCCCAGCGCCGCUCGCCCACCCUGCCCUGGGAGGAGACCACCUCCACUGCCAAGACCUCCCCCGUGUCAGCUAUGAAGGCCAGCAUCAUCAGCGAGCUCAGCUCCAAGCUGCAGCAGAUGAGUGGGGUGUCCUGGGCCCGCCCCCCUGAUGGCGCGGGCUCCUUCAGCACUGAGCGGCCUAGCUCCCUGCAGAGGCCAAGGCUCCCUGAGGACCAGUCAGCCCCGUUGGUGCCCUCCAAGCCGUCCAGCAGCCUCUUCCACAACUGGCCCAAGGCGGGACCGGGCAGCAAGGCACCCAAGAGUGUGGAGUUCGACAUCCGACCGGCGCUGCGGCGUGCACCCAGCCCCGCCACGCUGCCCACGGAGCACAAGAUCAGCCCGGCACCUCGGCCCUCCUCCCUGCCCAUCUUGCCCUCGGUGCCGCUCUAUGGGGGGGUCUUCGACCUGCGCGGCUCCCCCACCUCUGGGCAUCCCUUCCCUGACUUCCCCUCAGGCAGCCGCUCCCUCUCGCCCACCCACUUCCUGCCCCCGCCCACGGACAAGCCCUUCGGCGCCAAGCCCCUGCCCUUCUGGACCAAAUUCGACGUGGCUGACUGGUUGGACUAUCUCAACCUCGGGGAGCACCGCGACCGCUUCCUGGACAACGAGAUUGAUGGGUCCCAUCUGCCGUCCCUCACCAAGGAGGAUUACAUCGACCUGGGCGUCACCCGCGUUGGCCACCGCAUGAACAUCGAUCGUGCCCUCAAGUUCUUCCUGGAGAGGUGAUGAGAGAAACCCACUCCCCCACCCCUUUCCUCCCCCUGGCCCUGCCUGUCCUCCCCACAGUGCCCUGCCCAGCGUGAGGGGACGCUUCUUCCUCCACUGGCGCGCGUGCACACACACACACACACACACACACGCACCCCCCCCCCGGCCAGGGCACAGAUGCCUGAAUGUAGCUGAUUCCCCAUUGCCGGGAGAGAUUUGUGGGUGCCUGGAGGGGGCAUUGGGGAAUGUGGGGGACUGGUAGCUAGGCUGGGUUCCUGAUAGCACCCCUUGUCCCCCAUCAUAGAGAUGGGCCCCACAUAAAGACCCUCCUCUGUCAUGGAAAGAUGGGCCUCUGAAUCCAUGGGGGCAGCCAGGAGGCUGAGGCCACGCUGUGGGGUGCAGCAAUAAAGCCUCAAUGUGAAUGUGCUCAGCUGUGCGUUGGCUCCCAUAGGUACAUACACGUGCACACAUGGCUUCAUGCUGUUGUGUGCCUAACCCUGUGCUGUUGUCAGACCCCACGCUAUUGCCUGAGCCCAUGUGCACACCUCCUCUUCCCCUAUUGUCCAUGCCUGCUCACCACUGCCCGCAGGUGCGUGCGUGCUUCACUCUGCUGUACCUUGAGCUAUUGCAAGUUGUUCACUGCCCCCUCCCCCUGCUUUAUUACACUGCUCUUCACAUGAGCACCCUCAGCCUCUGAUUACUGCAGGGUCACGUGCCCUUAGCAGCAGGCACACAAGGGAAAAUGAUACACCUAUGUCACUUAUGAAUGCACAGUCAGCUGCCCCCCUGCUUGCACCAGGGCUCAUGAGUGGACACUCGGCUGCCCCCCUACUUGUACAAGGGCUCACGAGUGCACACUUGGCUGCCUUCCAGCCCCCCCGCUUGCACCAGGGCUCUCAAGUGCGCUUGCUGCACACAGGCUCAGGCUAGUGCUGGCAUACAUAGCAUGUCUGCCCAUUGCUUAAGCUGAACUUAUGCCAUUCAUGUGCACGCUUGUGUACACAGACAUGCUCUGCUCCGCAUUGUCUUUUGUAGGCACACUUAUGCUUGUACCUACUUGCUUGCUUGCUUGUGUUGCUCUGCUCUGCUGGCUUGGUAUCCACUUCUCCUCCCACCCCCAAGAUGCCGCUCAUACUGGCUUCACCACCCCUCACACCGUAUGCUUUUGCACAUGCUUGCUUGGCUUUGCCUCUCUCAUUGGCUGCUGGGAUGGGGGGACUGGGGUGACUACCCCUCAGUUUGGGAUGACUCCACACCAAUGGAAAGUGAUGGGGGAGGGAUUUCCCCCCUAGUGGGGCAGCAGGAUUGGCAGGGGGGCAUCAGGUGUGAGGUGCAGAGGGCAGGUACCUCCAACCCCUGCAGCAGGCAGGGGCUGUUACUUUGGGGGCCUCUCUACCCUGUCCCCUACUCCCUCCUCUGUUCUCUCCCUGCAAAAUCCUGGCUCGGGGUGGGGGGGACCCUGCGCCGGGGGCUCUCCUCUCCCCCCCCCACGCCCAUGCUCAGCUGCCAAAGAACGGGGGAGUUGCAGGGGGGGUCUGGCCCUUCCUCCCUUACCCCCCAGCCUGCAGAUCAGUGCCGCUGUGACGGACUCAGCUCUGGACCGUGGUGCCCUGGGGCCAGGGGGCACUCAGCUGCUCAGGGGCACCCUCUUUCCUCCCCGUUUCGCUGUGAACCCCAGUGUGAAGCUCCGUCCAGGGGUGGUGGUGGUGGGGAAAUCCCUCCUCCUCUUGCCCCCAACACACUCACUGCGUCAGGGAUUGUGUGAUACUGUGUCUGGGAAUGGUAUGCCCACCCCUCCCAUGCUGAGGCCAUGUACCCCACUCCCUACCCCUUCUCCCGUGCCUGCCCCGUGGCCACGUGAGCUCCCCCUAUUUCCGUGUGCCACGGCCAUCUGCCCCCAUUCUCCCCAUUGUGGUCACAGGGCCACUCCAUGCCACCCUGUCAUGGCUCAUAUGGCCUCUUCCCCCUGCCCCCCCCACGGCAUGGCUGUGGCUCCCCUGUUCCUCUCCCUGCGCCGUGGCCGCGUGGCCGUCUCUAAGGGCUCUCGUCUCGUCUCAUCUCGUCGGACCGUCCAUGCCGGCCCCCCCUCCGCGAGGGAGCGAAACGACUAACACUAGAAUGUCUUCCAGAUGCAUCUGAACCCCACCCCCUUUGCCCUUCCCAAGAAAAGCACCCCUAGCCCUGUCCGACCUAGCACUACAACUCUCAGCCUCCUCCCUACAGUGCUACAGGACACCUGGGUUCCAUCCCAGCUCCAGGAGGGAAGUGGGGCUCUGGUGCAUUAAGAGCAGGGAGUAUUGGGCAGGCUGGAUACUUGGAAUCAAUCCCAGUUCUGGAAAGGGUGUGGGGUCUUGGGAGAGGUCAGAGCAGAGAGCAGUGGGAACCUGGAGCUCCAUGGCCUGGAGCAGCUGGGGCUGAGAGCUGCAGUGCAAAUCUUCUGGCUCCUGUCUCUGUCGGUUUAGUGUGUUAGGGAUAGGAGGGAGCUCUUUCUCCAGGAUUGGGUGUGGGGGCAGCAGAGCUGAUUCUGUGAUGGGGGCUGUUUGGACUGAUCCCUGGCUUGGGGAGGGGGCUGGACCUACACUGGAAGGCCCUUCCCCUUUGGUCCAUUCUCCUAUGGGCAGUAGGGCUGGGGGCAACCCAAAUCCCAGUAACAGCCCAAGCACCUGUGCUGUAGCAUCUGGGUGACAGGCACAGUCCACCCCACCCCACCCUACCUCUGAGCCUCUGUGCUGCUCCCCUAUGGGAGACAUCCAUGCUCAGGCACAAGCUCCCAUGGGAACCCAGGUGUCUUGGCUCCCAGCUCUCCCUACUCUCAUCAUGGGGCCCUGCUGCACUUUGGGCCCACCCAGAGUCAGGGGUAGAACCCAGGUGUCUGGGCUCCUACCCCUUCUGCUCUAAUCCACCAGAACCAACAUCCCUCCCAGAGCUGGGGUAGAACCCAUGCAUCUGGGCUCUCACCCCUGCUGCUAUAACUCAGCAGUCCACCCAUCCUUCUCAGAGCCAGGGGAAGAACCCAGGCAUCCAGGCUCCCUGCUUCCCCUUGACCCCAGCAGAGACUCAAGAGAUUGAAUGUAAUAAAAUUUGUGCCAAUUUUGAGAUGGGCGUGGCUGCCUAGGCUACCCCCCCAUGUCCCCUCUGUCUGCCCCUCCUUCCUCCUCUAGCCCCUGAGACUACCCUGGUCCUGGCUCUAACUGCUAAAUUGACCCAGCUGCCAGCCCUGCCCCCGUGCCUCCCAUCCACCUCCUUGUACUGCUCCCUCCACCCUGCCAGUCCCUGUCCGUUCCCCUGCUGCGUCCCCUCCACCACCCGUGACUGGCGGCCCUGUCUCCAACUCUGACCCGUGUAUAGAGGAACCAAUGUAAUUUACUGAUUUUAUUUGCAAAUAUAAACUCUAUGGGAUACA